CAAAGGGAAGUUUGUACGUCUGCGUGGUGGUUUGGCGCCAGCAAAUUUCGCGGGGCAAAAAAGAGGCACAAGAAAAGAAGGAAGCUCAAAAAAUAGAAGAUAAAAAGCUGGAGAACAUAGUUAACAAACAAAACCACAAAGUGAACUGGUCUGCCGGUGGUUUAUUGAACUGGUUUCGAUGGUUUCGAUGGUUGUGUUCGUGUCUUCCUGCUUCUCGUCCUGAACUCUGGAGAUCUGGAUACAGUGGAGGGUGAACGCAGCUCUACAUAAAACUCACUGAGGCCUUCUGGAGGUGAGUUACAAUGAUGGCGACAGCGGAGCCUCCGAGCAGCUCCAGCUUCCUCCCCCUGCUGGAGUCUCUGGAGGACGGCGCUGCUGGACAGUCUGAGCACACGGACGCCUACCUCACCAUCGCCAAUCGGCUCAGUGGAGAUGAGGGCCGGCAGUUUCUCCCUGCAGUUGAAAAGCACUUUUCUCGUUUGGGUAAAACCAUCUUGGCUCACAUGUCCAGUCCGACUGCGGAGCUGAGCCAAGCUGCCUUGCAAGCUUUAGGGUUUUGUUUGUACCACUCUCACGUCGUCUCUGGAGUGCCUGAAACCUUUGCAGCAGAAUUACUAUCAGCACUUUGUUCCCUGGUGGGGAAGUCGUCAGAUAAGAACACAUGCACCAGAGCAUUAUGGGUCAUCUCCAAACAGAGCUUUCCUCCAGAUGUGGUUGGCAAAAAUGUGUCGUCUAUACUGGGAACACUGGAGAGUGUGUGGAGCAGAGAGGACAUCCAGUCUGUGGUGAUGGAGCACGAGGCCUUGAACGUUAUCAUCAGGAUGUUGGAGCAAGCGCCGGCCCAGAUGGGCGAAGGAACGUUGCGGUGGGCAAAGUUCAUCAUCCCGCUGGUGGUCCACUCUGCCUCCAAGGUGCGUCUCCGUGCAGCGGCAGCCAUGGAGAUGGGCAUGCCUCUUCUCCUGGAAAAACAGAUGGAGGUGGCUGGUAUCAUCGAGCCAAUGAUGUCCACAAAACUGAUCCCAGAGCUCCAGAAGCUUUUCAUGUCUAAGAAUGAAACCAAUGUCCUGAAGCUCUGGCCCUUAUUUGUAAAACUGCUCGGGAAGCUGCUGCACAGAGGAGGUCCCUUCAUCAACUCACUGCUGCAUCUGGAGGAACUUGGUUUCCGCAGCUCUUCUCCCGCCAUCAAGAAGAUCGCCUUCAUCGCCUGGAAGAGCCUCAUAGAUAACUUUGCCCUCAAUCCAGACAUCCUGUGCAGUGCCAAACGUAUGAAGCUUCUGAUGCAGCCCCUCGCAUCCAUCAAUGUCAGGACGGAGGUCCUGCUGCUCACCAAGGUGGAGGUCUGGUGGUACCUGGUGGUCCAACUCGGGCCAAACCUAUUCCCCAACUUUGAUCAGGUUUCCGUUCCUCUGCUUCAGUGCACCAUUGGAUCCGACUCCUCUUCAGUCCCAGGCGCUCCUUCUCGAGCUGUCAGUCAGAAUGGUGCCGUCACACCUGGCCUACCCAAGACUGCGGGCUUCAGCAGCCCACCGCCUCGAUUGAGUCUGAACUCCAGCGUCCAGAUGCCCUCCACCUUCCCCUCCAUCCAGCUGCUGGGCCUGGAGAUGCUGCUGCACUAUUUUCUUGGACCAGAGGUCAUUGCCACGGCAGCAAAGAAAAAACUCAUCCUGAGUCUUGAGCCCUUGAACCACCCGCUCCUCUCUGGUUCUUCCUCUUUCACUAAACAUGCUGCUGUGCUCACCUCCAACAUCCGAGAUGGAUUCAUCAACAUCGGCAAAGACGCUCCAGAUGCUCUUUUGGCCGUCAUAUGGACGAGUCUCGUCCGGUUUGUCAACUUAUCUAUAGAGUCUGGCAGUAAGAAGGAUCGUCAUGGCGGUGAAGUGCUGACGCUGAUGCUUCAGGCUCUGCAGAGCAUCGUCACCUCAGAAGCUUUGCCUGCAGACAAAGUCCUGAUUCUGUUUGAAGCCACAGUGAAAGGUAUCCCACAGAGAGUUCUGGGCUCUGCCUCCUAUCAAGUGGGAAAGAUGGACGUUUUAAAUGGAACGCCGGCCCUGUUCCUCAUUCUUCUGCUCUACAACAGCAGCAUGCUCUCAGCCUACAUCGAGGACGAGAGGUUUUUCCAGUGCCUUCAAACGUUAGUUGGUUGCGGUCUGUCAGGCCCCACAUCCCCGCUAGCGUUUGGUGAGGCGGUGCUGGGCGCCAUCAAACGCAGCGCCGCGUCUGUGCAGAACAAGGAGCAGCUGUGGAGGAUGUGGAGCGUGAUGGUCAGCCCAUUCACCGACACCAUCACACAGUCUAAUGAAGUCAACCAAGGUGACGCUCUGGAGCACAACUUUAGUGCCGUGCACUCUGCCUUGUUGUUCCCCAUCACACUUCUACAACGUGGCACACCUCUACAGCAGGCGGCCCAGAAGUCAAUGCUGUCCUCGUGGUCCAAACUGUACAAAGUGUUCGCCCGCUGCUCUGCGCUGGUGGUCACAGCUGAGGAGAACAUCUGCUGCGAGGAGCUCUGUGCAAAGAUGACGGCUGCAAUAGACCGAGAGGCUCUGAGGGUUCCUUCGACAUUAAAUGCUGUUUCCAGUAUCCUCCAAGUCAUGGUCGAGUGUGUGGACUUCUCGCCGUACACUCCGCAGUUUCAACAGAAGUCGAAGUCUCCUCACACUCCAGUAAACUGGAUGAGAAAGAGGAAUAAGGUCCUGGGGAAUCUGUCCACCUUCCAGUCCCUGCUGGUACAUUGUCUCGAGGUUCAUCUGGAGGGUGCUGAGGCUUCCUCUGAAGUCACAGGACUGGCUCUGGUCUCCAUCCUGUCUGCCCUCUUCACCAACCUCGCUCUCGCCAACACCGUCCAGGAAGCUCUGACUUCUCUGAUUCAACCUCUCACACUCCUCUACAAACAAGCAGCCAGUGAACCGCCCAAGUUCUCCCCACAGCUUCUGGGAAAGUUGGAGAAGCUUCUCAGUGACGUUCUCGGCUGCCUGCAGACGCGCUCUAAUCUGGCGUACAACGAUGAACUCCUGGCGUUGCUCUCUCCUCUGCUUUGUGUGAUGUUUCCUCACAAGAACAAGCAGCUCCGCAGCUCAGUCGUCCAGUUCUGGAACUCCACCUUCGCCAAAUCAGUCAGCCUCACUUACCCCGACGAGAUCAGACCAAUAUUGAGCCAAGUGAAGCAGAAGACUCCGAUCAUUCUUCCUGGCUUUGAGGCCGUCAGUGUUCCUGAUGAGCUCAGUGGACAGUAUUCAAGUGAGAGUUCCCAGAUGGUGACAAAGCUCAGUGGGAUGCCGGUUUCUGUGGGGAAGAAGGACUCGCUGCUGGGAAAGGCCACUGAGACGAAGGACAGGAGCUCAGCAACGACCUCCAAGUCAGUUUCCACAAAGCUGGACUUUGGCUCUCCUAAGCCUCCUUGCAGGGGAGUUUUGGAGGAAGAGGCCUCCAUCGACUUUGUCUUCAUUCCUCCGGAGACGAAGGAGCGAGUUCUGACGGAGCACCAGAAGGAGGUGAAAAGGACUAAAAGGGUUGACAUCCCUGCCAUGUACAACAACCUCGAUGCUUCUCUCGAUACAACGGUUUUCACCCAGUACACACAGAGCCAAGAAGACUCUUUGGACAAACCUGCAACUGAACAAGCUGAUGAUGAGGUUACCAAAGAGGCUCCGGGAAAGGUUCCUCAGGAAGAUGUGGAAAAAGAGGAAGACAUGGAAGUUCUAACAGAACAAACUCAAGAUUAUGCCAGCCCAAAAGCAGAAGAGAACAUGCCAGAAAACCCUGAGCAGGAAGAGAUGAUCCCUGAGUCGGCAGAUGUUUCUAUGGAGGAUGAUGCCAAGAGUGAUGACAGAGCAGAAGACUUGGACCUGCAGUCUAAAGAAGGCACAAGUCCGAACAUCUCUGGUUCUUCAGAUUUGGUCUCAGGGACCCCCCAGAAACCCAACAGUCGACGUCAGUCCUUUAUCACGCUGGAGAAGUACGCAGAGGGAAAACCUGCCAGCCCCAGCAGUGCGUCUACCUUCACAGGUCCCCUCAUAAAGACCUCCAAUAGCCAAGAACGCGCUCAAACCAAGAAGUCGUCCGCUCGGGCUUCCCAGACAUCCACUGGUCCUAACUCUCAGGAGUCCCAGUCCUCUCAGACAGGAACAGUGAACUCACAGCGUCCUGUGAACAGUGCCCUCGAGUCCCCUGUAAGGCCAAAAGACUCUGGUACAAAAAGUGAGCCAGUAAGGCUGACUGAGAGACUGCCCAGUGACCCAACAGACGAAGACGUUAUCCCGGACACCCAGACUGAAGUGGAGAACAAAGAGAGUACUUCCUCAUCAGAGGAAAUGAAACCCUCAAGCCAAGAAGAGGAAUCUGAACAGACUCUGGAUGAUUCUCAAUCAUCGGUGACCCAGAUUUCUCCAGACGAACCCAGACGGUCCGGACGCCCCAGGGUCAAACCUCUGCUGCCUGGAGAGGACCCGAAGGAACAGGAAGAGAAAUGCACGCCGGUGAAAAGGAGACGUUCUGGGGAGGAACCGAAAAGUGAUGAAAGCAGACGAAUGACGAGAAGUAAACUGGCUGCUGAGGAGGACAGUGGCAAAGUCAGGUUACGAACGAGGCCUCAGAGGGACAAGAGUGAGUCGAGCCAAACCAACUCUCAGGGUAGAACGAACAAGAAGAUCAAACUGUACAGCAGUUCACAAGACCUCCUUGAUAAACCUGAACCCAAAAGGAGAAGCAUUAGAGAGUCCAGCCAAACUGACAAGCAGUCUGAUAACGAAAGCCAGUCACAGGGGAGUCAAAGACGGCGGAGCAAGGCAUCACUGGAGACCAAGGAGGAGGAUGGAAUAAAGAAAAAGGAUUUGCCUGACAAAGAGUCCAGCCAAACUGCCAAACAUGAGCAUACAGAAAAGACCGAAGAGGAUGACGAUAAGACAAAGAAAGAUUCUCAAAUCAUGACUCCUUCCCCUCAAAGUGGUGGCAAAUCCCAAGAGGUUGAGAUUGUAGAAAAGACUGAAAAAGAUGGUGAUAACAUCAAAAAAGAUUCUCAAAUCGUCACCUCUUCUCCUCAAAUUGGUGGCCAAUCCCAAGAGGUUGAGAUUGUUGAACAGACUGAAAAAGAUGCCGAUAAGCUAAAGAAAGAUUCUCAAAUAGUCACUUCUUCUCCUCAAACUGGUGGCCAAUCCCAAGAGGUUGAACUUAUAGAAAAGACCAACGAGGAAAAGAGAGAUUCUCAGAUGGUCGCUUCUUCUCCAACUAAUGACCAGUCCCAAUAUAGAACAAGUACGACGGACAAGUUGGAGAAUGAAUCGGAGGUCAAAGACAAACUCAAGACAAUUAAAGACGCAGAUGACAACCUUAGUCAAGAGGACUCUCAAGUGAUCACACCCUCCUCUUCUGAUAGCCAGUCUCGGCGGAGAUCCAGUAGAACCAAGGCGUCAUCUGAGGCGGCAGAGUCUGAAGGUAAAAGUGAAAAUAAGGAUUCAUCAGAAAGGCAGACUAGGUCGAAUUCUCAGGGAGCUGUUGCUCAACCAGAGGCCAGAAGUAGAGGUAGGACCAGAAAGAGUAAGGGACAAGAGGAGCAGUCAAAGUCGAGUCCUAGCUCAACUCCUAGCUCAACUCCUAGCUCAACUCCUAGCUCAACUCCAGUGAAUUCUCAGUCAUUAGAUACUGCAGGAUCAACCGAAUCCUCCCAAGGCAGGGGCAGAUACUCGAGACGAAAAUCUUCUCCAGCGUUGCCGGUAGCCAGCUUAGAGUCCCCAGAGUCUGAACCCUCGGAGGCCAAAGAAAGUCCCCCUAUGCCCAAAAAGAGAGGAAGGAAACCUCGAGCGUCUCUUCCAAGUCCUCUCACCAUUGAAUCUAAAGAAGGCAAAAUUAAUAACGAUAUGGUAAAGGAUGAAUCUGCUUCUCAAAAGGCCGAUUCACAAAGCAUAGAAGCUAAAAAUACAACAGAUUUAGAGGAUUCACAGAAAUCUCAAGAUUUGCUCCAGGUUACAUGCAACACUGAGGAGCAAAGUAAAGAAGAAUCACCAAUGGAGGUAGAUGCUGUUGAAGAGAAAACAGAGAACACAGAGAAGAGCGAAUCGCUCAGUGUGUCGCCUCGCAAGGAGGAGGAAACACAAAAGGACUCAAACAUUGAGAAUACCUCUUCACAGGAAGGUGACACUGGGGUCUUGCCAUCUGCUGAGAGGCUUGAACCAGUUGGGAUCAGUGCUGAUCAGACUCAGGAAGAGUUGCCCUGUGACCCGUCUGUUGAGGACACACCGGCGUCCCCUGAUGAGAUAACAGAGAAACUGCAGACCUCAGAGGAGAAAGCUGAAGAAGUGUCUGAGUCUGGUGAUAAUGUUACAGAAAAACCAGAAAGUGAUUCAGAUUCAAACCACCAAGAACAUCCAGUUGUUCCAGUGGAGGACACAGCUGAAGACAUGGAGCGUCCAAAUGUCAUAGAUGAUUUUUCAAGGGAGGAAGAGGAGGAGGAGGAGGAGGGGGAACAGGAACAGGAACAGGAACAGUCUGCCUCCAACAAAGAAGACGAAUCGACAAACCAGCACACAGAGGUCAGUGCUGGUGACGACAUGACAUCGUUACAGGAGAGCAAUAAAGACGACAACAUUGUGGCGUGUCAGGAUGAAGAGGAAACGCAGACCGACGAAAUUGAGAACGAUGUAUUCACAGAUUUGGAUGAUGCUCUGGCUGAUGCUUCAGUGUUGUCAGAAUCAACAAGUAAAGAUAUUUCCGCGGAUUCUCCGGCGAAGCAGAAGGACCUGGAGGCUUUAAUGGCAUUAGAUGUUGGCCAAAGCCCCAGCAGUGGCAGGACCAGAGGAACCUGGUCUCCUUCAGCCUCCCCAUCCACCAGUAUUCUUAAGAAGGGCAUGAAGAGACCACUAGAGGAGGAGAGUCCCUCACCUCUUAUCAAAUCCAGACGAGUGUCUUUCGCUAAUCCAAUCCAACAUCAGGAACUGGCCGACGACAUCGAUCGUCGCAGCCCGGCUCUCAGAACCAGCUCCCCCAGAAGAUCAAAAAUCAGCGGUAUCCCACAGCCCAAGUACGUCACUACACCAACAAAGGGCCUGCUCAUCCUGAGUCCCAGAAAUCUGCACAGUCCAGGGUACAAGAGCUCCAAGAAAUGCCUGAUUUCUGAAAUGAGCCAGGAGCCGCGGCCCGUCUCCAGAGACUGCAUCUACCCUGCCCUGGUUGGCUGCUCUGCUCCGGUAGAAGCUGUGCUGCCUCAGAUAUCCUCCAACAUGUGGUCUCGUGGUUUUGGUCAGCUUGUUCGAGCCAGAAACAUCAAAACAGUCGGUGACCUCAGUGCUCUUACUGCCAGUGAAAUCAAGACUCUGCCAAUUCGCUCCCCGAAGAUCUCCAAUGUCAAAAAGGCACUCAAAAUCUAUGAACAACAGCGUAAAGGACGAGGUGGUGAUGAGUUGAAGAGUCUUGAUGAAAUGGAGAUGAUGACCGCUGAACUGGAGGAGACCAACGCUCCUCAAAACCAGUACGACGAGGAAAAGACAUCAGCAGAGACAUUAGCAACAGAGCUGGUGGACGAGCCCGUUCCUGCAUACGGGAGGCCAGAGCAAGAUGGCUCCGGGGAUCAGACCCCCGACACGCCGGCCGCAGAACAGAGACCUGAAGGGUCGCUGCAGUCGGAGGUGGAGUUCCUGACCGGCAGGAUGACGCCACUAGAACUCAGUUACUGCUCCCCGCAGCAGCUCGUCCAGAUGCACGAUCGGUUAGGAGGCAUGAUGAGGUGCGUGGUAGUCGAGCUGCAGACACGCCUUGACCAGACUGAUGGCAAACCCUGAAGAGACUCCGCUUCUGCUGGAUCAGACCGACAUACAGGUGUUGAAAGGCGCAUAAAAAAACGGAUCUACUCAAAAGGAAUCUGCAACGAAGGAUAAAAUUUUCUUUUAUCCUAGAUGUGUACAUCAGAUUUUACGAAGGAGGAUUUUAUGGUUUUAACUCAGAAUGCCUUGGUCUUGUCUCACCUUUGAUGUUUUCUUUGGUUAAAGUAUUUUUUAUUUUUAAAUAAAUAAAUUCUAGCAGCACUUUUUGUCCACUUGUAGCUUGAGCUGUUGGAUAGUUUAUACACUUAAAAAACACUCAAAGGGGAGCACAGUCACACUCUUUAAGCUGUCAAAAGAUUUUUAAUAGUUGUAGUCUCGACAUUGAUGCUAUUUUCCUUCUAUAGACUUUGUAAUAAGGGACUGAUGCAUGACUUCAAAUGUAUGUAGAAGAAAAUUAUUUUUUUCCGCAUGCUGUUCCAAUUUGUACAUAUGCUUUCUCUCGUGUCAUUUAAAUCCUCCGUGUGCCUGUUUUUUAGGCUGUUUACAAUUUAACUCAGUUCUCUUGUAUAUUUUUUACAAUUUCUUAGUUUGUAAUAUUAUUUUUUUCUGUCUUUUCAGUUUAACGUCUUAUUGCAUUUUUAAAAUCAUCACGGCGCACACUGUAGAUGAUGGUAGACAGUCUGCACUUCAGUCUUUAUUUGUGGUUUUUUAAAUGCUUCAAUAAAAGACAGAACUUAUAAUGAA